AUGAGCUGGGUGUGGCAGCUAGGAACUGGGUGUGGCAACGAUGAUCUUGGUGUAGCCAUGAUGAUCUGGGUUAUCUACCCUCUAAUAUACACUGUUCCCUUCACGAGUCCCCCCAAUAUCUCAGCCUUGGAGGCCCACUGCCAAGCACACGAUUGUCCUGUCUUCAAGUGUUCCACUAAGGAUGGUUCCUGUAUCCAGUGGAAAUGGUAUGAUAUCAACGAACAGUUGAUCAACUACUCCUCCUUCUGUGGGAACCUGGUUGACCAGACCAAGGUAGAAUCCCCCGUCCCUAAGACGUCCGGGUGUUGGAGACAGAUGAUGGGAACUUACAUGAGAGAGGUGUGUGUGUGUGACACUAACUACUGUAACCAGGGUGCCAGGCACUCUGUGGCCCUUCUGUUGCUGUUGCUGUUGCCUGUGGCCGCACAGACUGCUGUCACAACCUUAAUGAUACUUUAAUGAUAUGGUUGUCCCGUAGCUGGGCUGGUAGUGUACUCAGCUCUCACAUUGUCUGUGGUUCGAUCCCCAGUUACGGGUGGAAGCAUUGGGCGUGUUUCCUUAGGACAUCUGUUGUCCCUGUUCACCUAGUAGUAUGUAGGUACCUGGGUGUUAGCCGACUGGUGUGGGUCGCAUACUGGUGGACAAAAAUAACCAAAGUUGCCCGAAAUGCUCAUGUCAAAGCCCAGCCCUAUCUGAGGUAUACCACCACCCCCAGAAUGCCACCCACACCAGUUGAUUAACAACCAGGUACCUACUUACUGCUAGGUGAGCAGUAACAGCAGGUGUAAGGAAACACACCCAAUGUUUUCACCCGUAACGGGGAUCGAACCACAGACACCCAGUGUGUGAGGUCAGUGCGCUACCAACCCAGCUACAGGAUUGCUUUCAUAUUGCACGUCACUGAUGUCAGCUACGUCCGCAUAAGUUGUAUAAUGUACUUGUAUAAAUAAAGAUUAUCAUUAUUAUUGGCAGGCUCAUUAGCUAGGGUAGGUCAAAUUUUACCCAGUAUCAUAUAUCAUUAUUAUUAUGGGGUAGGUCCAAUUCCUUUGAUUAAGAGCCCUUCAGUUGUAUCAAGGGCACUUCCCUUCAUACUUUGAAGGGUAUAUCUGUUAAAACUGUUAAAAUAGACGCUGUUAACAGUUGAUACAAACAGAUCAACGGUUUAAGUAGUCUCUGUUGUGAUUAAGUUGAUGAGAGUGUAGUAUAAUUAAUAAUUACCUGUUGCAGUUAUCUGUUUUUGCCUGUUGUUAUUCCUGUUGUAAUUACCUGUAUUCUUUAACAUAACACUGUGAUAAUGUUAAUGUGUGUCUGGGAAACAUUGAAGUCAACAUUCAAUAUAUAUUCUUCAUCAUCCUGACCUCUGGUUUUAAACAGGUAAUUUUUAUUCAGUUGUAUUGUUAUACAACAGA